AGCGGAAGUGACGUACGGGGGCCGCCGGAGGUGUCGCUGGUGCGGUCCGCUACUGGCCCUGAGAGUGGAGUGGCCCCUGCGCCAGGGAAGAUAGCGCUAUGUCGAUCGAAAUCGAGUCCUCGGAUGUGAUCCGUCUUAUCAUGCAGUACCUAAAGGAGAACAGUUUACAUCGGGCAUUAGCCACCUUGCAGGAAGAGACUACUGUGUCUCUGAAUACUGUGGACAGCAUUGAGAGUUUUGUGGCUGACAUUAAUAGUGGCCAUUGGGACACUGUUUUACAGGCUAUACAGUCUCUGAAAUUGCCAGACAAAACCCUCAUUGACCUCUAUGAACAGGUUGUUUUGGAAUUAAUAGAGCUCCGUGAAUUGGGUGCUGCCAGAUCUCUUCUGAGACAGACUGAUCCCAUGAUUAUGUUAAAACAAACACAGCCAGAACGGUAUAUUCAUCUGGAAAACCUCUUGGCCAGGUCUUAUUUCGAUCCUCGAGAGGCAUACCCCGAUGGAAGUAGCAAAGAGAAGAGAAGAGCAGCGAUUGCCCAGGCCUUAGCUGGGGAAGUCAGCGUGGUGCCUCCAUCUCGUCUCAUGGCAUUGCUGGGUCAGGCACUGAAGUGGCAGCAGCACCAGGGAUUGCUUCCUCCUGGUAUGACCAUAGAUUUGUUCCGAGGCAAAGCAGCUGUCAAAGAUGUGGAAGAAGAAAAGUUUCCUACGCAGCUGAGCAGGCAUAUUAAGUUUGGUCAGAAAUCACAUGUGGAGUGUGCUCGAUUUUCUCCAGAUGGUCAGUAUCUGGUUACUGGGUCUGUUGAUGGAUUCAUUGAAGUAUGGAAUUUUACGACUGGAAAAAUCAGGAAGGAUCUUAAGUACCAGGCCCAGGAUAACUUUAUGAUGAUGGAUGAUGCUGUCCUCUGCAUGUGCUUCAGCAGAGAUACAGAAAUGUUAGCAACUGGUGCCCAAGAUGGAAAAAUCAAGGUAUGGAAGAUUCAGAGUGGACAGUGUUUAAGGAGAUUUGAAAGAGCACACAGUAAAGGUGUCACCUGUCUAAGCUUUUCUAAGGAUAGCAGUCAGAUCCUUAGUGCCUCAUUUGACCAGACAAUUAGAAUUCAUGGUUUAAAAUCUGGAAAAACCCUGAAGGAAUUUCGUGGCCAUUCCUCCUUCGUUAAUGAAGCAACAUUUACACAGGAUGGGCAUUAUAUUAUUAGUGCAUCCUCUGAUGGCACUGUGAAGAUCUGGAACAUGAAGACCACAGAAUGUUCAAAUACCUUUAAAUCCUUGGGCAGCACUGCAGGGACAGACAUCACUGUCAACAGCGUGAUACUGCUUCCUAAAAACCCAGAGCACUUUGUGGUUUGCAACAGAUCAAACACAGUGGUCAUCAUGAACAUGCAGGGACAGAUUGUCAGAAGCUUCAGCUCUGGUAAGAGAGAAGGUGGUGACUUUGUUUGCUGUGCCCUCUCUCCCCGUGGUGAAUGGAUCUACUGUGUAGGGGAGGACUUUGUGCUCUACUGUUUCAGCACAGUCACUGGCAAACUGGAGAGAACUUUGACACUGUGCCAUUUGGAAUAUGUGGCCCCUGAGAUCUUAGAAGGAGAAAAGAUAGUUGAAGGGGUAUACUGGAUGUUUUAAAGACCCACAUCUGGAAGUGGUUUGUUUAUAUUACUUUGUCAUUCUUUUUUGAUUAGAAUUAGUCACAUGCCGCCCACAGCCCAAAUGCAGAGGGGUGGUUGGGCAGGGAAAAUGAAGUCGUCUGCAGUCGAGGAAAAAGAAAUGGUCUGGUGAAUGUAUAAAAAAUUAUACACAUAGCUCUGUUAGAGAAUAACCUCAUCUCAAACUGUUCUUGAGUGAACUGUUGGCACGUCUGCCUUGUGAAGCCUCCAGUAUAGAUCCAAGAUGUGAACAAAACAAGAUGAGGUGGAAGGUGUCCUCUAGUUGAGGAAAAUACUAAUAAGUUCACUGAGCUGAAGGAAUUGUUUGGUCUCAGCCACUGUCUUGGCUUAAUAUUUAUAAAAUGGUGAUGACGACUAGGACCCACUGUAGUGCAGGAGUGGUUUGGCUCAAAGUGUUAUUUAUACAUUAUGAAGAAAAGUACAGAAAAUGUCAUCAGCCAUGUGAUAGCCUCGUUUGAGUUUUUGGUUUGUGUGUUUGGUUAGCACUCUCUGAGGCUGCCUUGGGCUUGAUUCCUUUGGUGAGAAGUAGGAGCUUCACUCUUCUUCCCUCCCACUCAGCUCUGGAAGCUUCUUCAGAGUGAUUUGUUGGAGACCUGUAUACCCUAAUCCUGUGCUUUACCUA